UCUAAGGUUGGUAACAACGAUCACAAUAGAAAAAUCCUCAUCCCAUCGCUAGGCGGCCAACACGAGAACACGAGUAUAUGUUUGUGAAACAUCUGUUAUCUGUCCUUUUGUCUUCCAAUUGAAUUGCUCUUCAUCUUGUAUUACUGUUCCGUUGGAGUAAAUCCCAAUUAAAAAGACGAGAAACUCAAAAAUAUGCGUGAAGUAAUCUCAAUUCAUGUUGGCCAAGCAGGAUGCCAAAUUGGGAACUCUUGUUGGCCGCUCUUCUCACUGGAGCACGGAGUUCUGGCUGAUGGGACAUUAGGUCCUGCCCAGAAGGUUGACGAAAAUAUGACGACAUUUUUCCACGACACUCGCUCGGGGCGUGUUGUGCCCCGAAACAUUUUCAUCGACUUAGAAGAUUCCGUCAUCAAUGAAAUCAAAGCCGGACCGUAUCGGAGUUUGUACCACCCUCUGCAUAUGAUCACCGGGAAAGAAGAUGCCGCAAAUAAUUACGCUAGGGGUCACUAUACCGUUGGUCGCCAAAUCAUUGAACAGGUUUCGAAUUCCAUCCGAAAGCUGUCAGAACAGUGUGAAGGAUUGCAGGGAUUUCUAAUUUUUCGGUCGUUUGGUGGAGGAACCGGUUCAGGGUUCACGUCCCUGCUGAUGCAGCAAAUUGCUAUGGAUUACGGCAAGAAGUGCAAGCUUGAAUUUUCCGUCUAUCCCGCUCCACGAAUUUCAACGGCUGUCGUAGAACCUUACAAUUGCGUCUUGACCACACACACAACCAUGGAUUCAUCCGAUUGCUGUUUCAUGAUCGACAAUGAAGCCACUUACGAAAUUUGCACGAAAAAUCUUCAAAUCGGCAGGCCCGAUUAUGUGCAUCUCAACACCUUAGUCGCUCAGGUAGUAUCUUCCGUAACAGCUUCGUUACGUUUCAAGGGAACUAUGAACGUGGAUCUGAAUGAAUUCCAAACGAAUUUGGUACCCUAUCCGAGGGUUCAUUUUCCACUGGUAUCGUAUGCACCACUUCUGUCAGCUUCGAAAGCACAACACGAAAACUCAUCGGUAUCGGAAAUUACGCAUGCCGCGUUCAGUCAGGAGAACACGAUGGUAAAAUGUGAUCCACGCACUGGUAAGUACAUGGCGUGUUGUCUACUCUACAGAGGUGACGUUGUUCCGAAGGACAUCAACAGUGCAGUUUCGGCUAUCAAGGCUAAAAGACAUAUAACAUUCGUGGACUGGUGCCCGACUGGGUUCAAGAUCGGGAUCAACCAACAGGCACCAUUCGUUUUGCCAGAAGGCGACUUGGCUAAACCAAAGAGAGCCGUUUGUAUGCUGUCCAACUCAACAGCAAUCUCUGGUGCGUGGGAGAGACUGAACCAAAAGUUUGAUUUGAUGUACAAGAAGCGAGCCUUCGUUCAUUGGUAUGUUGGGGAAGGCAUGGAAGAGGGUGAGUUCAGCGAAGCCCGAGAGGAUCUGGCAGCUUUGGAGAGAGAUUAUGAGGAAGUUGCUACCGAUACGGUUGGAGAUGAGUCGGCUGAUGACGAAUACUGACUGAUUAUUGUUGUGUUUUUUAUUCCUAUUGCGAAAAAUAAAUGUUCAUUUUAGUCUGUGGAUGGGUCGUAACAUUCGUCAAAUGUAUCUUCAAUG